CAAACACAGAGUCAAUGAGAAAAGAGCUUUGAGCCGAAGGGACGCAAAGAUCUCAGGUAACCCCCCCACCACUACACACACACCCCUCAAGUCUCCAAACAAGGACGACCAAGAAGAUAAAGAAAAUCCAAAAAGGAGAAAAUAAUUUUGAUGAAUAAGGAUUUUCGGAUAUUCGGAUACACGCUGGGGAUAUCUGGAGAAAAGAAGAAAAACACAGCACUACAACAAGAAGACAAUUUUCUUCUGCGCUUGACGAAGGACAAAGUGGACGUUUUCGGACGGAAAUGAAGGCGAAAAAAGGUUUGAUGAUGCUGUCGGGGAGUGAGACGGAUGACGAGGACAGCGUGGAUGCCCCUCUGGAUCUGUCGUCCAGUGCGGGGAGCAACGGAAAGAGGAAACGGCGGGGGAAUCUGCCUAAGGAGUCAGUUCAAAUCCUCAGGGACUGGUUGUACGAGCACCGUUACAAUGCUUACCCUUCCGAACAGGAGAAAGCUCUUCUGUCCAAGCAGACUCAACUCUCCACACUGCAGGUGUGCAACUGGUUCAUUAAUGCACGGCGGCGACUUCUCCCAGAGAUGCUGCGGAAAGAUGGCAAAGACCCUAACCAGUUCACCAUAUCCAGGAAAGGUAGCAAGGCCGGCGACAGCUUCUCUGACAGCUCUCAGUCCCCGAAACACAGCAGCCCUGCAGCAGGUACAGAGGAGAGCUACGACAAACGUGUUCUCCACCCCUCCAGCUUUGAACCCACCAUGCCCGUUGUCCUCAGGAAGGCAGUUUCACCCUCCAUACCCUCUCCCACCUCUACAUCCCCCUCCCCGGGGCUCAUACCCACCCGCCCAUCUGUCAUCUGUCACACCACUGUCACCACAGCAAUGCAGGGCAGCCCAACAGCCUCCCACCCCUCUGUGCCAGGAGUGAACUCUGACAGGGCAGCUGAGCUGUUGCAGUCAGCACAGGCACUGCUCAGGUGCCGGGAUGAAGGGCCAGGCAGCCAGCCACUCCCCACCACUACCACCAUCCUCAGCAGCACCGGCAUGGAGGGCAACCUGAGUCCCCGCAGCGGGCUCUUCAACACCCCUCCCCCUACCCCUCCAGACCUCACACAAGACUUCAGCGGCUUCCAGCUCCUGGUGGACGUGGCCCUUAAACGGGCCGCAGAGAUGGAGCUGCAAGCCAAACAGCUGGUCUCUUGAAGGAGAAAGUGACAGAAGAAGAAGAGGAGGGAAUAGAGACUGACUUUGUGUCUCGACUAUGGAACUCCUCUGAAUUAACUGACUUGUCUGCACGCUACAGAGAACAAAUCCACAUGAAAGCCUGAUCAUUUCUAUUUUUGGUAUACCAAUCAAAUUGAUGAGGAUGAUUUUUUUAUUGAAAAAACUGUAUCGAGGUGCCUUGGCUGUAAGUUGUUUAUUCAUUUCAUAUACAUGCGUAUGUAUCUACAUGUGUAUCUUAUUUGCACACAGGGACCAAAAAUGUUAUCAGAGAAAUGCUGCCUGUCUUAUGUCUUUACAUUAUACUGUAUAUCAUUUUAGAGAAUGGAGCGAGAGCUAGAAUCAGCCCUCCUUCACAGACCAAUAAGACAGAUUGGUCACAUCUACACACGUUUACUGUUUUACAUUUCAGAGAUCAGUUCAUGAUUGGUCUGCCUCGUUUGUUUGCACACUGAGGCAGAGGAAGGUCAUCUCAGUGUCUUAAACAUAAUUUGCUCUUGGCAUCUAUGACAAACUUAUUCACUACUGUAGUAAAUGUUAUGUGUUUUCAUGAGUAUAGUUUUGAUUUUUGUAAUUUACUUUUACUUUUAGCUAUUUUAAAAGAAAAAAACCUUUAUGCUUUUUUUUUUUAAACUCUUUUUUUCCCCUCACCAAGGGAUAUUUCAGAUGACCAAUGUAGCAGGUUCUUAGUCUGAGCCUUCAGCCCAUCACUCAGCGAAAACGACGGCCAGUGGACUGGAAAACUAAACACUACAGAUGUCUUUUCUGCAUUUGCUGUUUUACAACCUGACAAAGACAGCAUUUUGAAAUCACCAAAAAGCAUUUUCAUGUAUAAUAGGACCAUGUGUAUAGUUAAAUGUGACACGAUGCCCAAUGAUGUGAUUUCUUUUCAUACUGUGCAAUGUUUGUGGCAUAUAGGGGUCACAUGGGAUUCAAAUAAAGUUUUG